AACAUAAAUAUCAUUUAGUAAGCGUUCUGCAACAAUUUAAUGGAAUGUGGAAUCUGGGUGGAGAAGACUGGUUUAACUGGACUUACACUCACACUCUGGCAUCCACUCCCCAGAAACUAGCAGCUUUUCUUGUGAGAAUUAUGCACAGACGUCUGUAAUUUCCGAGAUUUCAGCAACUCAGUUCUUAAAAAACCUACGGGCUUGACUGGUCGUUAUUUCAGACUCUUUUUUUUCCAGAAAUCAUUAGGAUUUUUAUUUUUUUUAAUAUAUAACCAAAUGCUGACGCUAAGUUAGAGAACUGGAAUAAAGUGCAGCCUGAUAUGUUUCAUCAACAGAUGUGUCACAGUGUAUGACCGUCAGCAAAGGGUGUGAUUGCUGCGGGAGACAGCUGCUUUGUAUCUCUUUUGAAACGGCAGACAGCAAGCUCUGUAUAUGUAGAAUCCAACACUAUUUUUGUGUUUUGGAGUGAGUUUUGGAAGCAUGUUGGUAUGAAAAAAAACUGGCAUUUGACCGAUUGUGUAAAACUUUUUUUUUUGGUCUGAUGAUUUUUUUUUUACUGCGUGGAAAAAAAGGAACAAGUGUUAUGAUGUCUGGUUUCACAGAAGGUAUGUUCACUUUCAUUGCGGAAUACUGAAGGGUGAGAGAAGGUUUUUUUUUUAAACGGUUGUUCGCAGCUAUUUUGGUCUUAAUAUACAUAUUUUGAGGAGUCUAAAGAAAAUCUGGAGAGCUUCUAGACAAGAGGAGGAUGAGCUAUGCACGUGACUGAGAACAUUUGAAGACUGUUUCAUUCAGCGUUUUUGUCUUGGUGGCAGUUUUACACAGAAAGUGAUUUGGUUAUGUACAGCGAUGUUUCUCAGAGUUUGAGAAGUGUGCAGUUAUACUUAAGUUUAUACACCUUUUCAACACGCUGAAGGGGUUCCUUCAGCUUGACUCCAUACAUCACUACCUGCUUCAAAAACGAUAACCAGGUCACUCCGGUACGGAGAACAUGGACUGUAGAAGUAGAACCAAGUCCUGCAUAACACACUGUGUGGGAAGUUACUGUUCCGAUGUUAUACCUUCUUGUUACAGUUAAUACUGUUUGAGCCAGGAGUCCUGUCCCAGGACUAGUUUAGUUCUUUCUCCCCAGAUUGGCCUCUUUAUUUUAUUCUGAAACCUGCAUGGGGUUUCAAGUCCCUAGCUACUAAGGCAAAUGUCAGGUGUAUCUUUCCACCAAAGAGCUCUCGGCUUAAAAAGUGGUACAUUUUAAACAGUGGUUAUUGCUGCCACUUAUACAUUGCUGUUGAGAUUAUUUACAGGAUUAUGAUUUUUAUCGGAAACCUUGUUGCUUUGUCUGGAACGAUGCUUGGAAUAUAAUGUACUAAGUGGGAAUGCCAGUCUUGUUUAACUUAUUUCCUUGGAUUUACUAAGUCUUUGCUUUUUAUUGGAAUAAUGUCCGCUACCAGGGCUCUGCAGGAGUGGUGCCGGCUGCAGUGCCAAGGGUACCCUAAUGUGGAGAUUAAAAACAUGAACAGCUCCUUCAAGGACGGACUGGCCUUUUGCGCUAUAAUCCACAAACACCGGCCUGAUCUCAUAGAUUUUUCUUCACUGUCUAAAGAAAAUGUAUACGAGAAUAAUCGCUUGGCAUUUGAGGUGGCAGAACAGGAACUGGGUAUACCUGCAUUACUUGAUCCAGAUGAUAUGGUUGCCAUGAAAAUUCCAGACCGGUUGAGUAUCAUGACAUAUGUAUCACAGUACUACAACUAUUUUACAAACCAAAAUCAUGCUGAAGUUCCUCUGUCUAUGAAGAGGCCUGCUGCCGCAUCACCUUCUGAACCUGCUGUAAAGAGACCAAUCACAGCUGUAGAGAAAGUACUUACUCCAAAGAAUGACUUGGAGGAGAGACCUCAACGAACUACACUCAGCAGCACAUGUGCAAUAUGCCAGCAGCAUGUUCAUUUGGUUCAGAGACACCUUGUUGAUGGCAAACUCUACCAUCGCAGCUGCUUUAGGUGUAAGGAGUGCUAUAGCACCCUCCGUUCUGGUUCAUAUAAGCCUGGUGUCGAAUCGGGCACCUUCAUCUGCGUACAUCAUCGUGAGAGAUUUGCUGGUAAUAUGACGAAUGUGAAUCAAACCGGACUCCGUAAAAAGGAUGGCUGUGUUCUAGGAUCACAAGAUAAGGAAAUAUCCAGUGGUACAGAAGCAAAUGUACAGGAAGCACCUCUUGCUGCUGAUAAAAUAAGGAAAGAGCUGGCCCGUUCAAACAUAGUACGUAGACUUUCUGCUAGGUUUUCUGGCGACCACAAUGCCUGUUAUGUAGAAAAAUCUGGAGAGUCUUCCAAUAGGACUGAAAUAAAAAUGUCACCAGAUUCCAAGCUUGUAUCAAAUAUCCCUUCUGUGGAGGGAAGUGGUGACCUUUCUAAUGAAGCAGAUAUAAAAGAAUCAUUAGAUACAAAAUCAGUUUCUGGUUCAGUUAUGGAGAGAAUUAAUGCCUCCUCUUCCUUUGAACCAGAAGUACAAGCUACAUCAGAAAUUAAACCUAUUUCAGAUGUACCCAGUAUAGAAAGAACUUGUCUAUUUUCUUCUGAAGCAGAAGUAAAGGAGUUAUCAGAAUCUGUCUCAAGUGUUCCUCCCAUUGAGAGAAAUGGAGAUUCCGCUUCCUGUAAGACAGAAGGAAAAGUAUCUCUGGAAACAAAACCCCUUUCAAAUGAAAUGUCUCUUGAGAGUAUUAGUGACUUCAGAGAAAGUCUAUCUGCAGCACUGACUUCUGUUAAUCAGCAAAAUGACCAGAAGCUGCCGCUGACUUCACAACCUGCUUUUAAGUCUGGUGUUCCAGAAAAAAGUUUGCUUUUUGGCACAGAAGGUGAAGCCAAUCAAAACAAACCUGCAGUUGCUGCCACCAGUCAAGACUCAAAAUCUGUUUCAGAUGCAUUAAAGUCUGAUUUAAAAAUACAGGAAAGCCGCCCAGUUCCAGCUCCCAGGAGAACUUCAGAUGCAACUGUUUUUUCACCAAGUGUUUGUCCAACCCCAAAGCCAAGAUCAGGUCAUAAUGUCCUUGGUGAAAUUCAAGGAGAAGAAAAGCUAGUCCUGAAUGAAGGACCAGCUGAAUCCAGUGUACCAGUACCAAAACCAAGAGAAAGGCAGAAGCAAGUAGAGACAAAGGGAAGUGAAAAGCCUAAAGACCCUCCUUGGAUUGUGCUUGUUCAGUCUGAGCAGAAAAGAAGACCUCCACCACCUCCUCCAAGCCAAAGCCGAAUGGUGCUUCCUAAAGCUGUAGAUGAAGGAAAGCAUUCCAUACCAAUGAAAGAUGAAGAGAAAGCAUCAGCCAAAAUUUCAAAUGUGUCAGAAACCCAACCCAAACCCAUUAAUCCAUUCGAGGAUGAAGAGGAGGAAGAAAUUUCAGAAGCCAGCGAAUCAUCAGGGAAAGGAGAAAAAACAUUUGAAGAAGAGAAGGGUGACACCACACUUAAGCCAAACCACCCUUGGUAUGGUAUUACUCCAACUAGCAGUCCUAGAACAAAAAAACGUCUUGCCCCCAAAGCCCCACAUGCAUCCCCACAAACUCUGCACAUGGCACUUCAUCCUUCUUCAAGACUUUCGCACUCUGAACCACCAUCUUCAACACCUUCUCCUGCUCUCAGUGUAGAGAGCAUCUCCUCAGAAAGCUCACUGAAAUGGUCCUCUGAAAAAGGGCAGAGGUCCUCAACAGAUCUGGUGUCAAAAAGUUCAUCUGAGCCUGAAAUACGUUUUGCUAUACCAGCAUCUAUUCCAAUUAGUGGUACAACUAAUCUAGUCGGCCAUUCAUCCGUGGAAAAUGCAACUUCUAGUGAAAGCUCUGAUUACGAGAAAAUGGUUCCAACUAGCAGUAAGAAAUCAUCUUCCACUGAACUGAUAAAUGAGAACACAUCCCCAGGAUCCCAGCAGACCAUUAGAACCUCACCCUCAAGCAGCCCAAAAAGCAACCCUAGCCGACCUCCUCCCAAACCUCCCACUACCCGCAAUCCAGUAGCAGUCCAUUUUCCCAAUGGCUCAAAUGAUCCUGUGUCAUCCCCAUCUCCCAAACCUCAGUCAAAGACAUCAUGUAAAGAGAAUCCUUUUAACAGGAAAGCCUCUCCUGUCACAUCUCCUUCAAAGUCCAGCACUCCAAAAGGUCCAAAGCCACCCCGUCCUCCUGCACCAGGCCAUGGAUUUCCACUAAUUAAACGCAAGGUUCAGUCUGACCAGUAUAUCCCAGAGGAAGAUAUCCAAGAUGAAAUGGAACAAAUUGAGCAGCAGCUGGAUGAACUUGAACACCGAGGUGUUGAUUUGGAACAGAAGCUACGUAGCUGUGAAAAUGAUGAUGAUGAUGAAGAUAACCUUCUUAUUGAAUGGUUCAAACUAAUACAUGAAAAACAUAUGCUGGUGCGUCGGGAAUCUGAGCUAGUAUACACAGCAAAACAGCAGAAUUUGGAAGAACGUCAGGCUGAUGUAGAGUAUGAACUCCGUUGUUUGCUAAAUAAACCAGAGAAAGAUUGGACAGAAGAUGACCGAUUACGAGAGCGUGACCUAAUGGAUGAGUUAGUGACCAUCAUAGAACAAAGAAAUGCCAUCAUAAACACUCUGGAGGAGGACAGACAGAGAGAGGAGGAAGAAGACAAAAUUUUAGAAGCUAUGAUCAAAAAGAAAGACUUUCACAAAGACCCAGAUAGUGAAGCCAGAAGGAAAGGAAAGUUCAAGCCAAUGAAGGUGCUAAAAUUGUUGAGUAAUAAGGACAUGAAGUCAAAAUCACCAAAGGAUAAAAAUUAAAAUGGAAGCAUAUGGCAUGGACAAUGUGAACAAAAGACUUCACUUUAGAACAUGAGACAGCCACAGUUCUCUUUUCUAAUAUGCUCUGCACCUGUACGUAGUCUUCAUACGUAUGGCACCCUUGAAGCUUGUUCAAGAACUGAAGAUUCAUUGUUGCAAGUACAAGUAAAUGGACUGCCAGCGCAGCCGCAUGCUCCAAGGGUUGUACUCUUUUCUAAUCUGUAUAUAAUACUUAACAAGCCUUUACCUAGUCACUGAACCACAGCCACGUUCCUAACCCUUAGUUAUUUAUUCUGGGAUCACUGGAAGCCUGUCGAAUUUGUCUUAGAACUUGUUUGUGGCUGAAAGUGACAUUGAUGACAGGCAUACUUGCCAUUCAUAGAACAUUGUGCCUUGUAACAGUGUACUUGUUUAACUUGUGUCUCUGAAUAUUAGGAGACAAUAUUUGUAUGUGUGCUGCAAAGGAAGUGUGAAAUAGUUUAGUUCCCUUUCUGCUGUGGUGUGUGUGUGUGUGUGUGUGUGUGUGUGUGUGUGUGUGUGUGUGUGUGUGUGUGUGUGUGUGUGUGUGUGUGUGUGUGUGUGAGAAGGAAAAAAAAAACUACUGCACGGGGCUCAAGCCUCUUCAUCUCAUAAUGCAUAACACAUUUCUUUACACCUUUUGCAGUUAUAUGUUUUGACUGUUGUAUGCAGCAGUCUUGUCUCUGUAUAUCUUUCAUUAUCUGGAAUCAUUUAGUAAUUUACUCCCAGACCAAGUGGGUCCCAUAAUUCUCACUGCAUAAGGAAAUAUGUAAGUGGUGUGAUGGUCACUAACUUUGUCAGUUUACUUUUUUUUUUUAAACGUUUACCAAAUUCUGCUGCAAAACUGCUAGUUUUGCUCUGAUAAUUUCUGAUGUCAGACUUUCACAGGUUUUAUGAACUCUUGUAUAUGUUUGACUUAUCUAAUAUUCUUUUAUUAAUUGUCAUUAACUUGAGCUGAAUUAUGUGUCUUCCUUACAUGUCAUUGCCUUGUACUAUAAAACAGACCAUCAUUUUAUUAGAACAAG